AUGUCAGUACCAAAAUAUUUAAAUCUACCUAAUAAUUCAUUAAAUUUAAAUACAACUACUAAUAUUCCAAAUUUGGAGAAUAACUCAUCUACUCAACCACCUCAAUCUCAUUCAUACGCACAAUCAUCUACAUCUUCACCUUUUAAUCCAAGAACUCAUCGACAUAAAAGAUCACAAGCAAUAUCUGGAGAUUUUGAUGGUUUAGGUUUAUUUAAUAUUCCACCACCUUCAAUAAAUAAUAAUAAUGAUUCUUCAAUAAAAUCACAACAUAUAUAUAGUAAAUCUAUAUCAAAUCCAAAUACAACUUCUUCAACUUCAUUAUUUGGAACUACAUCUAAUUCUUCACAAAUUUCAUCUUCAGCUCCAAAAGAGAGAUCAGUAUCAUUUGCAAAUGAUUCAAGACCUUCAAAAUUAAAUUUAAUCAACAGUAAUGAAGAAGAUUAUGAAUUAGAUAGACAUUUUAAUUUUAAUAAUAAAGAAGAUUUUACAAAUCCAAUUAUAAAUUUAAAAACUUUUGAAUUUCCAUCACCAUUUCAAGAAGAUAAAGGAUUUAAUAAUACUAAAGAACAACAGGUAAUAGAUGAUCAAAAUAUUUAUACAACAAAUUUUAAAAAAAAUUUAAGUUCACCAAUUCAAUUAAAUAAAAAAAUUUCACAAAAUUCUUUAAAUAGUUCAUUACAUAAUUCAAAAUUACAACAGCAAACAAAUGAUUUUGAAAAUAUUCCUGAUCCAAUUAUAGAUCUAAAUUAUAUAAUAACAGCAAAUUUACAUAUUGGAAAUUCAAUAAAUGAUGAUACAUUAAUUUUUAAUCAAGAUGAAUUUUUAGGAUCUCCUGCAAUAGUUGAAGAAGAUGAUGAUUUAGAAAAUCAAACUUUUUCAAAUGAAGAAGAUUUAGAAGAAGAAAUUGAGGAGGAAGUAGUUUUAAAUAACUCAAAUGAGAAUAUAAUAUCUCCGCAGAAACUCCAGAAUGAUAAUAAUAAUUUUUAUUUAUCUGCAAAUUCUUCAACUUCAAGUUUUAAUAAUAAUAAUUUAACCACCACAUCAUCAAAUAAUAAUCAAAAUUUAAAUUUAAAUUUAACUCCAAAUCAACAAAGAUCAGGAGCAAAAGCAAAUAGAUAUCAAAUUUUUUAUGAUCAAUCAAAUAGAAUAUCAAAUAUAUUAAAAGGUUCAUCAUCAGUUGAAAGUAUAGAUAGAUCAAAUACUCCACCACCAUCAAAUCCUCCAACUCCAAAUUUCGUUCCUUCAUUACAUUUACAACAACCAAACUUCAAAAAGAAUAAAUAUAUUUUAAAUCAUUCUUCUUCAUUACCUUCUUUAAAACAAAAAAGAUCAUUUUCAUCAAUUAGAUAUAAUGAAUUAAAAAAAUUUAAUUCUCCAAAUAAUUGUUAUCAAAAUUAUUUAAAUCAAAGUCAUUACUUGAAUCAUAAUUAUAAUCAAAAUCAUAAUCAUAAUCAUAUUCAUAACAACCAAAAUCAAAAUCAAAUAAUUGCAAAUAAUAAUAAUAUAACUAAUGAAUAUAUAGAAAUAAAUUCAAAUUUAAAUCCCCAAAUACAAUUUCAAAGUUCAACUCCAUCAACAUUAACAACUCAAUCAACAAUAGAUACAACAGAUACUUUAAAUAAUCCUAAUCAUCACCACAACCAAAAUAAAGCUCAAUCUUCUACUUCUCCUAUAAGUAUAAAUUCAGAAAUUUCUAUAAUAAAUAAUUCAAAUGAUUUAAAAUUUGAACAAGAGAAGUUAGUUACUCCAACUAUUAUAUUAAAUAAUGAAAAUAAUUUGGAAGAUAUACCAUGUAAUACAAAAAUUGAAAUAAUUGAACCAAUUAAUAUUGAAAAAAAUAAUGAUUUUUUAAGCAAUGAAUUAAAUGAAAAAGAUAAUAAGAAUAAUCUGUUUAAUAGUGAUUCUACAUUAUCUAAUAAUAAUAAUAAUCAAGUUUUAUCAUCUUCUAGUUUACCUAAAUCAAUUGAUGAUUCUUUGAAAUUUUCAAAACAUGAAAAUCUAAAAGAUCAACAAGUAUUGGAUUCACAAACACAAUCAAAGGAGGUCGAAUCUCAAAUUCAGCAACAACCACAACAGCAACAACCAUCUUCAAAAUCCAUAAAAUUCUCACAACCAUCAUCACCAUCUCAAGAUCAAACUUCACAACAACAAAGACGAUUACCAAAUUCAAUUGAAACUAAAAUUUUAAAACAAACAACAAUACCAAAAUUAAAAAAUAAAACUGUUAAUUUAAGUUCACCAAUGAAUAAAUAUGAAUAUAAAAAAUAUCCAAAAAGAAAUGAAAAAGAAGAAGAGAGAGUGAAAAGAACAAUUAUGAGUAAAGGAAGAAAAGAUGGUAAAGAAAGUGGAAGUGAUUUAUUAUCAAUUUCAUCUACAUCAACAUCUUCAUUAUCAAUAAAUUCAAUUGAAAAGAAUAAGAAGAAUGGUUCAUCAAAAACAGUAACUAAAGAUUCUUCAUCUACUUUGUCGUCAUCAUCAUCAACUAUAAAUUCAAAAAUAAAAGGUCAUUUUAGAUCAAAAUCCAAUAUUGAAAAUAUAUCAACUUCAUCAUCUACGUUAUCAUCAUCAACACCGUUAUCAUCAUCAACUAAAAUUAAAAAUAGUAAUAGAAAUUCUAAAUUUUUUGACUGGAUCAGAAAAAAAUAG